AGAGAAAAGGUGUUGAGAAAGAAAUUCUGAAGCUCGCACGGAGUGCGGACUGUGAAACCAAACCUGCAAGUACAUACUGUUUGCGUUAUAUGUGCAUGCCUCUGUAAGCAAGACAGGGAGGAAGUCAAGAAAGAAGAGAACACAAGAAACGCAGAGGACAGAGGUUUCAGUGAUAUGAUGGAGCAACCAAACCAAUGGCUUACGCAGACGGUAAGCAUAUUAAUCUGGUCGUCAAUCGUAAUCACUUGUAACAUCUACAAGUUCAGAUGCGGCGAGUUAAAUUUUCUUUUUGCGGAUAAGAUGCUGCGAGUUAAAGCUAGCUAUGCAUAAUUUUGUGACAUCUUAUUGCAAUGGCCCAUGCCAGGAACAGGAGGAGCUAGCUUACAUGUACCAGGAAGAAGGGGGUCCAGUACCUGUACCCGGUAGGGGGCAGCAGUUUGCAGAGCCACCGCUACCUGGCCGUGAAGCGCAGUGCUACACGCCGCCGAUGGCAAUCCCGACGUUCAAUCCAUCUCGCAGCUCCAAUUUCCCGAGCUUUGGGGGCUCGUCGUCAUUGCCGAGCUUACCAUUCGGAUCGGCAAUGGUGAAGAACGAGCUGGGGCAACCGUCUCCGCCGCCAUCAUCCAACUUCCUCUCCGUCGGAGCUGGCCAGGCUAGCACCCUGAGCUUCUCCGGCUGGCAGAGCAAUGGAGUCCAAGGGAUGAUGCAGCAGCUGCAGGCGCCGGAGAGGUUGGGCAGGGCGCCGCAAGAGCACGUCAUCGCCGAGCGCAAGCGGCGGGAGAAGCUGCAGCAGCAGUUCGUGUCCUUGGCCACCAUCGUCCCCGGACUCAAAAAGACUGACAAGCUCUCUCUACUGGGGAGUACCAUCGACUACGUGAAGCAGCUGGAGGAGAAGGUGCAGGCCCUAGAGCAAGGCUCACGGAGGUCGUCAGAGUCCAUGGUGUUCGAUAGCAAAUGCAACAUAUCCCUCCCGACAACGAUGCAGCAGGCCCCAGCGGGAGCGGCUCCAGGUCCGGGUACUCGAGCCCAGACAUUGAGGCCAGCAUCCGAGGGAACACGGCACUACUGAAUAUCUGCUGCAAGAAGAGGAGAGGGGUGCUGGUGAUGAUCCUGACCGAGCUCGAAAAUCAGGGCCUGUCGAUCAUAAACACCAACAUCAUACCGUUUACGGGCUCCUGCCUCAACAUCACCAUCACGGCAAAGGCAAGGCCCCUCUGCCUUGCUCAUAUAUACAUUGUGCAAAUGUAGUAACAACUUGCAAGAGAAUAAACUGUGAUUUGUUAGUA